AUGGACCCAAUAACGAUUCCAAAUGCGCCAACUACUCUGGAUUCGGAUUCAGAUGCUGCUGUAAACCUAACAACUACUCCAACUUCUUUUACUACUUUGGAUGUUAUAGCUGUUACUUCUAUCGAUCUAAUAACUACUUUAAACACGCUUACUGCUCUGGAUGUUGAUGCGGAUGCUGCUGACAACCCAAAAGCUACUCCAUCUUCUUUUGCUACUGAGGCUGCUGUAGUGGUUUCUGCCAUGGACCAAAUAACUCCAACCGCAUCUACCACUCCGGAUAUUGCUGCAUUUUCUGCUUUUAACCAGACAAUCACUCCAAACACGUGCAUGACUGUAGAUAUUGCUGCGGCUCCUGCUGUCGACCUGACAGCUAUUCCAGCAGCUUCUACUUCGGAUGUCGUAGUGAUUCCUACUAUGGACCCAAUAACGACUCCAAAUGCGCCAACUACUCUGGAUUCUGCUUCGGAUGCUGCUGUCAACCUACCAGCUGCUCCAACUUCUUUUACUGCUCUGGAUGUUGUAGGUGUUUUUUCUAUGGAUCCAACAACUACUUUAAGCGCGGUUACUGCUCUGGAUGUUGAUGCGGAUGCUGCUGAAAAUCUAACAGUUACUUCAUCUUCCUUUACUACUGAGGUUGCCGCAGUGAUUCUUUCCAUGGAUCCAAUAACUCCUCCAAGCGCGUUUAUCACUCCGGAUAUUGCAGCAGUUUUUGCUCUGGAUCUGUCAACUACUCCAAGCGCGUCUACCACUCCGCAUAUUGCUGUAGCUGCUACUGUUGACCUCACAGCUACCCUAACUCCUUUACCGACUCUGGACAUCGCAGCAGUAUCUGCUCUGGAUCUGACAACUACUCCAAGUGCAUCUACCACUCUGCAUAUUGCUGCGGCUGCUGCUGUUGACCUCACAGCUACUCCAAUUUGUUGA